UCUCCUGGGAGAGUCCUGGUAACAAAGAGCCCCUCCCCUCUGGCGCUGGUGUCCAUGGCGACCCUAUGGAGCCUUUCUCUCCCUGGGUCCUCUUGGCCCUCAGACCACACCUCCUCCGAGAACUUGAGGGAUGGCCCCCGAGUCGUACCAGGAGGCUGGAGCAGUCAAGGAGGAGGAUUUCUCCUCCACGGUGAUUGAAGAGCCGGGCGGCAGCCACAUGGAGCCUGCAGCUGGCACACCUGCAGACCUGCCCUCACCCACCUGCCCGCAGGACGCCAAGUCCAGCUACAUCAAUCGGUUGGCACCCGAGGGCCUGGACCCCAGCACCCUGCGGCUGCUGUGGGGGCAGCGUGACCUGGAGGUCCAGGCGCUGCGGUGGGCCAUCUGGAACCGCCAGGAGGCCCGGCACUGCCACAUCCUGCAGGAGGUGCUGGGGCUUCCGCCGGAGAGGAGCGGGCUGGGCCAGGAAAAGCUGCUGCAGAACCAGGUCCAGAAGCUGACUGUGGAGCUGAAGGAGGAGAAGGAGCGGGCAGAACAGGUGAAGGCGCACCUGGAGCAGCAGCUGCAGCACGCGCUCAGCACCCUGCAGCAGCUGGAGGCCCAGCUCCAUGUCUUCCAGAAGUCCUGCCUCCUGCAGCUGGCCCGCGCCUCCUGGCUGGGCUGCAUGCUGCGUUCCUCCACUGGCAGCGUGGAGGUGGUGACUGCAGAGACCCUGAUGGACCCCACUGAGCUCUCUGACAAUGACCAGGUCCCCACUGCUGGGGAGCAGCACUUCCGGCUGGAGGACGUGGACUGGAACAGCAUUGCUCACCGGUACCCCAACCUCUUCAGCAACAUCGAGUCCAACUUGGAGCACAAGCUGCCGCCGCCAGGUGAGCUCCCACCGGCCGCCCCCGAGGAGGACCAGAGCUGGACACCGCACAAGCACAAGGAGCGGCGUCUCAAGAGUGUCGAGUGGUGCUCCCUGCCCUUCGUGGGCGGCAGCAGCUCGGGCAGCGCCGACUCUGACUCCAGCAGCAACCAGCAGGAUGCCCACCAUCCUGCUCAGAAGGGCCCGAGGCACUGGCCGGGCCAUGAGGCAACCGAGGCCAAGGAGGCGCAGGCACAGCCCAAAGGCCUCUCUCUGGGGCUCCAGAAAACCCACUCGGACCUGCUGGGCAAGACAGUCUCAGCUCCAAGCCUCGAACCCCAGGACGCAGAGCACCAGCCAAGCCCCAGUCAGGCCGCCUCCUGCCUGAGGAUCAUGGCUGUGAGCCGCCAGGAGAGGUUUGUCCGCAUCCUCAACCAGUCGCUGGAGGAGACGGCUGACCUGGGCGGCCUGGUGCUCCAGCAGCGCGUGGGCGCCGCCCCGGUGUGCAGCUACCGCUUCCCUCCCCGCACACAGCUGGCGCCCAGGCACAUCAUCACGGUGUGGGGCGAGGGCACCGCCAGCCCCAAGAAGCAGCUGCUCCCCUCACUGGGCCGGGAGCCCGUGCACUUCCACAGCGGCCCCGGCUGCGUGACCCUCCUCCUGAGCCCCAAGGGCGAGGUCCUCAGCGAGCACCGGGCCCCGCACUGCGUGACCGCAGCCUCCAGGAUCUUCGCAGACAACACGGACUUGUCCAUCGACCGCUUCCCGGUCCUGGAGGCCCCGCCCGGCCCCCUCGCGGGCGCGCAGCCCCGCCAGCCCCGCCAGCCUGGACCCCCGCCCAAAGGCCGGGCGCUGCGGCGGACACGGGGGACGCGGGUCCUCCUGCCGCGCCUGGGCGCCUGCAAGCCCCGCCGCCCGCGGGAGGCCGCGCGGCCCAAAGGCGCCGAGGCGCGCACGCCCGAGCAACUGCCGCGCGUGGCCGAGGCCGGGCCGGGCCUCGAGGACGGCGGGGCCGGGAAGGAGCGCAGGACCCGGGUGGGCGGCAGCAGCGCGGGCCUCGGCGGCGCGGGCCGCAGCAGCGUGGGCGGCGGGGCGCGGGCCCCGCGGAGCACCGCCGAGAGCCGGCCCGGCGUCCUCAGCCGCCCGCCCUUCGCCACGGACAUGUGCGGGCGGGUGCGGGGCCGCUGCGGGCCCGCGUAG